AUGGCUCGAUCCGGCCGUGUCCUUUGCCUCGUGGCGGCGGUUGCCGCAGUGCUGCACGCCUCGUCGUGGACCUUUGUGCCUGGCCCGCUGCGGCGCCAGGCCGUUCCCUUGGCGGCCUCUGCAGCCGUCCUUGCGCCCCUCCCCGCCUUCGCGGAUGGUGUGGACGCCGCGGCGAAGAAGCUUGCAGACGCCAGCUACCCCAUGGUGAAGGCGGUUGACUGGGCCACCACCGACGUGCUGGACAAGUACAUGGCCAAGGUGCCCACCACGAAGGAAUUCAGCAAGGCAAUCCUCGACCUGAGCGUGUCUCUGGACCCCAAGCUUGUCAAGGAUGCUGUCGCUGCCCACAAGAAGGCAGUGGAUGCCAUGGGCCCCGACUUUGUCACGCCGCUGAAGAACCACGAGGAAGUGACCGUGGCGCUGGCCAAGAUGUUUGCCGCUGCCCCGAAGGACAAGAUCAAAGCGGUCUUCGACGCCACGCCGAGCGUGAAGGAUCUGAACGCGGCCUGGUAUGCGCAGAUGCCCAAGGCUGACGCAGACGCCACUUUCGUGGCUUUCAAGGAGCUGGCGGAGGCAGUGAAGGCCGCUCCAGUGACGCAGGUCGCCCCCGUGGCAGCGCCUUCCAUGGAUGGGCCCAUUGGCAUGGCAGCCAAGAAGCUGGCAGAUGCCAGCUACCCGAUGAUCAAGAGCUUGGACUGGGCUGGCACCGGCGUGUUGGACAAGUACGUGGCCAAGACUCCAGCCACCAAAGAGUCCAUCGCCGCCUUCCUGGAUGCCGGCCUCGCGAUGGACCCCAAGCUGAUUCAGGGCGCUACGCAAGCACACCUGGAUGCGCUCAAGGAGGUGGACGGCAAGCUGGUGACAUCCCUCAAGGGCCACGAGGAGGUCACAGUCGCGAUUGCGAAGCUCAUCGCUUCGGCCCCGCCUGCCACGAUCAAGAAGGUCUUCGACACCGUUCCCAACAUUCAGGGCUUGAAUGCGGACUGGUUCGCCACCAUGCCAAUGACCGAUGCCAUCAAGUCCUACCAGGCCUUCCUCGAGACAGCCACAGCAGUUGCGGCGGCCAAGCGCUAG